GGCCAGGGCCGGGCGGGCAGAACGGAGCGGAGCGGCGGCACGGACCGACCGACCGACGCGGACCGACCGACCGGCACGGAACGGAGCGGCCGGGCCGCCCUGCGGAGUUUCUCUGAAAUUUGCAUUAGGAUCCUUCUGUGCUGCUCCUGUGAAGCCAUACGGCAGGACACAAGGACGGGGUGGGAAGGCAGCAGUAGCUCACUAUGGCCCUGGCAGACAACACGGGCUGUGCCAAACCCAGCGAGGAAUUCCCCUUCCCUGAGAUCAUUGAACUCAAUGUGGGUGGACAAGUCUACAUCACCCGCCAUCCCACCCUGGUCAGCGUGCCUGGCUCGCUCCUCUGGGAGAUGUUCACCCAGAAGAACGUCCGCUCCCUGGCCCGCGACAGCAAGGGACGGUUCUUCGUGGAUCGGGACGGCUUCCUCUUCCGAUACAUCUUGGAUUACAUGAGGGACCAGCAGCUGGUGUUGCCCGACCACUUCCCGGAGAGGAGCCGCCUGCAGCGAGAGGCCGAGUACUUCAUGCUGCCGGAGCUUGUGAAGAUGCUGGCCCCCAAGCUCAGCAAGCAGAACUCGCUGGGAGACGACCCAUGCCAAAGCGACCCAGAGGAGCUCUCCCCCAACGCGGAUGCCACCCGCAACCUGACCUCCGCCAGUGCCACGCUCCCCAGCGCCGUGGCCGGUGGCCCCGGGGGUACCGUCACCGCCGGCACGGGUGCUGCCAGCACCGACGUCCGCAGGGCAGGUUUCAUCACCAUCGGCUACCGGGGCUCCUACACCCUGGGCAGGGACAGCCAGACGGAUGCCAAGUUCCGCAGGGUGGCACGGAUCAUGGUCUGCGGCAAGACGUCGCUGGCCAAGGAGGUCUUUGGGGAUACCUUGAACGAGAGCAGGGACCCGGACAGACCCCCGGAGAGGUACACCUCCAGGUACUACCUCAAAUUCACCUUCUUGGAGCAAGCCUUUGAUAAACUGGCUGAUGCUGGCUUCCACAUGGUGGCUUGCAACUCCACAGGCACCUGUGCCUUCGCCCAUGACCAGACAGAUGACAGGAUCUGGACCUCUUACACCGAAUAUGUUUUCUAUCGUGAGUGACACCAAAAAACCCCACCCCACAAACCGAACACCAACUCUCCCUUUCUUCUCCUGUACUGGCUGUUGCCUAGAAGGUAGACAUCCAACCCUCGAAUCCCAGUGUCCCCCCUUUGCCUCCUUUUGAGUUUGUUCUUGGGUUUUUUUCCUCCUCCUUCCUCCGUGUUGAACCUGCCCAGCUCUUCCUCGUAGCAGCUGCUGACCACCAACCUUCUUCCCUCUCUCCGACUUCUGCAGUAGCCGCCUGUAGCUCCCAACCCUCCCUGGAUGUGUGGACUUGGACACUGUCGUGUACGUGUUUUGGGUGGGAGGGGGGGAUACACCGGACUGUGUUCUGGGCUGGGAUUCCUACAGCUGGAUGAGCUUGUCCGUGUUGGAGGCUGAACUCGGCUCUCAUGCCCUGUACGCCGUGCAGCUCCCUGGGAACAUGCUGCAUACACUGUAUUUGAUCUGCCAAGGGGUUUGAGUGAGAAAGUGUUGGUUUAAGGACAUGGAGAAAGGUGGGAAGCGGAGAGGAGGGGGGGGGGGGGGGGGGGGGUGGUGGAAAGAUGAAGCCUCGCAGCACGGAUAUAUUGCCAUUAGCCCAUGUAAGCAGCUUAGCGUUUAGACUGUCAGUGCUUGGGAAGGUUAAAGAUGCACCCUGUGUUUGCAGUUCUGAUUCGAAGCAUCACUGCUGCUCUGGGAUGCCUUGGGGGUUUUUUUGGGGGGGGGGGGGGUGGGCAGAUAGACAGAUGCUCUGUUCAUGCAUAUGUGGAGGGAGGUGGGGGGGGGGAAGGCUUUACACGCUGUAGGGUGUAAAAUGCUUAUACAUCUCUCAAACUAGUUGGAGGUCUGUCAGAAAAAAGUACCUUCAUCUUUCCUUUGGAGUACAAUAGCGACCUGGGCUUCAGGGGGAUGGGCUUGGGUCGCUCCGGUGAGCGGCAGUCGGGCUCAGCUGCAGCCACGACUUCACAGAUUAAAGGGAAUCUUUGCCCAACAUGAAAAUCUUUGCCAUUUUGGCAAUCUUUUGCAAAGGUGUCUCCAAUCACAGCUCUCCACGGCCUGCUUUUGGGCCUGGGGCUGGCUGCUGCAGCUUUACCAUGCGUGGGCAAUGUGUAAUAAAGGAACAAAACCGA